AUGGUCGAGACUCAAACCCCCGAGGUUGACUACACCCUCAACAACCCCGACACCUUGACCAAGUACAAGACCGCUGCCGGCAUUUCACACAAAGUGCUCGAGGCCGUCACUGCUCUGUGUGUUGAGGGCGAGAAGAUCGUCGAGAUUUGCCAGAAGGGUGACCAGCUCCUCGAUGAGGAAAUCGCCAAGGUCUACAAGGGCAAGAAGAUCGCCAAGGGUAUCUCUCACCCCACUACCGUCUCUCCCAGCUCCUAUGUCACUCCCUACACUCCCCUUGUGUCCGAUGCCGCCGAGGCCGAGAUCGCUCUGAAGGCCGGCGAGAUCGUCAAGAUCCAGCUCGGUGCCCAGAUUGAUGGAUUCGGAACUAUUGUCUGUGACAUGCACGUCGUCGCCAAGAAGGACGCCGCCAAGGAGGUCAUCACCGGCCGUGAGGCUGACCUUAUUGUCGCUACUCACUACGCCAACGAGCUCCUGCUCCGCUUGAUGGUUCCCGCCGGUCUGUUGGCCCAGGGUACUGACGAGGAGAAGGCUAAGGCCGCCGCCAAGAAGCCCCCUACCCAGUCUUACAUGUCUGAUCUCCUGGAGAAGAUUGCCAAGGCUUACGACUGCAAGGUUGUUGAGAACACUACCAGCUGGAUGUUCGACCGCAACGAGAUUGAGGGUAACAAGAAGAUCAUCCUGGUCCCCGGCGAAGGUGUCCGUGGCGAGGGUGUCCCCGAUGUUGGUGAGGUUUGGGGUGUUGAGGUCGGCCUCAGCUUGGGAUCCGGUAAGGUCAAGAACCUCGACCACCGCACCACCCUGCACCGCCGUACCACCACCACCUACGGUCUGAAGCGUCCCAGCUCCCGCCAAACCCUCUCUGAGGUUGUCAAGAAGUUCGGUACCUUCCCCUUCAGCUUGCGCCAGCUUGACGACGAGAAGUCCGCGAAGGUCGGUGUUGUUGAGUGUGUUCGUGGCGGUGUCCUGCGCCAAUACGAGCCCGCUGGUGAGACUGACGGCUCCCCCGUCUCUCGCCUGCUCUCUACCAUUGCCAUCACCAAGAACGGUCUCACCAAGCUUGCCGCCCCUGCUCCCAUUGACCUGGAGCUGUACAAGUCUGACAAGAAGAUCGAGGAUGAGGAGAUCCUUAAGAUCCUCGAGCAGCCCCUGGCCCGCUCUACCGGCAACAAGAAGAGCAAGAGCAAGAAGAAGAAGACCACCACCGCCGGUGAAGAGUAA